AUGUUGGCUUGGAUUAUCCUCUUGACGCUGGUAAGCUUAUCUACAGCUGUCCCUUCGAAAGCGCGAACACCAGUCCAAGAUAGUCCGGAUCAUCUCCAUACACUAUCAUCUCCAUCACGGAACCAGCAACAACGCGGCUUUCCCGUUCCCUCGUUCCAGAGAGACGCCGUCGAGAGGUCGUCGACUCCUACGUUCGAUCGCCCGUCAAAUUAUUUAGAUUAUAACGAGUUUGGCUCGCACAGAUAUCCCCUGCGCGAUGCGGUCGAAUCGUUGCCGGAUAAUGUGCUUUCCGUUGAAUCGAGUCACAAAUUCCGAGAUGACUCCGAGAGCGAGACCGGAAGAUUACCUUUGAGAGACGCGGUGGAACAUCGCGAGGCGCCUUUCCUAAGUGUCGAUGUGGACCACGAAUCGAUUUGGAUCGAACCUGUGGCACCGCCGAUCCUGCGAAGAACGCAAAAUGCCGAGCCUAAAAUUGUCUGCCGGUUCAAUUCCAAAGCUGUUCAUAGAACGGAACCGUUCUCAUUGUUUCCAGGAAAUAUUCCAAAUCACAAGUGUACUCAUAUUGUAUACGAUGCGGCUAUUUUGGAUACAGAUAAAAUCAUCCUUAGAGAUUCGUAUGAUCAAGCUGGAUAUAAAGCUAUUAUGGAACUUCGUUCGCGGGAUCCAACGCUGCAGGUGCUCAUAUCACUCACAAAUUACAUUGUGUACGACGACAUCCAAUUUUUCUCGAAAAUGCCCUCCUUUCCGGAAAAGUCCAUCCUUGAAUUCCUCGAGAAAUAUCCCUUCGACGGCAUCGAGCUCGACUGGCCGACUGUCGCCGACGAUUGGGACAGCUUCAAGAUUAUACUGAAGACAUUCAGCUUUUCCUUCACCAGAAUAGGAUACACUUUGGCGGUGGCUCUGAGACCGGACGAUCCCGUGGAUCCGGAACUCGCGCAGAUCGCCGAUCUGAUAAUCUUGAGAAGCUGGCGGGAUACGCUGGUUUGUCAGGAAGACGAUUUCGAUUGCGAGACGAAGCGCGAUAGGAUGAAGAAAGUCGUCUCUCAUCCGGGCCUCUUGAGUUUCGUCGCGCAAAACACGAGCGAAUGGCUGAAACAAGUCGAGGUCGAUCAGAGGUCGAAGAUCGUGCUGGCUUUGCCUAUCUUCGGUGAAGAAUACACUCUUGAAUCCAAUAGUCGAGAUAGAAGAUUAGCUUAUUACGAGGUGUGCGAUAAAUUGGAAACAGGUCUGUGGAUCUCCGGCAGGGACGAGGAAGGUCCUUAUCUAAAACGCGGCGAUCAAUGGAUCGGUUAUGACGAUCCUGUAUCGGUCAAGGUCAAAAUAGCGUUUGUCCGAGCGGUAGGACUUGGUGGGGUUGCAUUAUGGUCGCUGGAUCAGGACGAUUUUCAGGGUAUUUGCGGGAAUCCUUGGCCGAUGCUGAACACGGCUGUAGAAUCCUUAGGAUAUUAUAAGGAUACUCUAGAGGAAGAGUGUCUCUAUGAGAAUUACGUCUUCGGAAUGGAUCCGGAUGAUUGUGCCAAAUUUUAUUCUUGCAUCGAAGGACGACUGCAUCAUGGUUAUUGCGGACGCAAUCGAUACUUCAAUCCGACCGCGAAUCGCUGUCAGAUGCUUACUCCGGACAAACUUUCGGAAAUCUACAGGGAAAACACCUGCAAGUCCAACUUUUUUGAUCGAAUAGUCGAUCGAGACUAUUUGAAAAUUCAGAAGAACAUAAUUUCGUCGCAGCAGAAGGCAUUGCUGUUGCGAAAAAAAGGGCCGCGAGUUGUAUGUUACAUCACUUCCUGGGCGCUGUAUCGGAAGGAGGAUGGCAAAUUCGUGCCGGAAAAUCUAGACUCGAAGCUUUGCACCGACAUCGUCUACGCUUUCGCUGGAUUGAACCCCGAGACCAUGCUGAUGCAGUCAUACGAUCCUUGGGCUGACAUUGAACACAACCUGUAUCAACGAGUGACUUCCGUCGAAGGAUCGAGAAUAUUGCUAGCUCUGGGUGGAUGGACGGACAGUUCUGGGGAUAAAUAUUCUCGAUUAAUCAGCAGCGGAGUAGCUCGUCGUAAGUUCGUCAUAACUGCAGCGAGCUACUUGAAGGAGCACGACUUCGAUGGACUCUCGAUCGAGUGGAGUUACCCGAAAUGUUGGCAGAGCGAUUGUAAGAAGGGUCCGGACUCCGACAAGCCCAACUUUACUAAGCUGAUACGAGAACUGAGGGAGGAAUUCGACAAGCAGAAACCACCUCUUCUCCUGGCUGUCGCCUUAUCGGGAUACAAGGAGGUCAUCGACAAGGCGUACGAGAUGCGCGAGAUCUCGCGAGCCGUCGACUUCAUGUCGGUCAUGUCUUACGAUUAUCAUGGUGCCUGGGAAUCCAAAUCGGGACACAUAGCGCCCUUGUUUGGCUCGCCUGGUGAUAGCAAGCCCUAUUACAAUGUCAAUUUUACCAUGAGCUACCUCGUCAGUCUCGGUGCUGAAAAAUCCAAGCUUCUAGUCGGUAUCCCAAUGUACGGUCAGUCUUAUCGACUUUCUUCGGCGAGUCAAGCUCAUCUGGGCGACCCUACAACGGGUCCUGGUAAACCUGGAGAAUUUACCAAGCAACCUGGGAUGCUGGCUUAUUAUGAGAUUUGCGACAGAAUCAAGCGGAAUGGUUGGAAACAGAACCCAGGACCAAGUGCUCGAUUCGAGGAUCAAUGGGUAGGCUACGAAGAUCGAGAGAGUGUCUACGCUAAGGGUAAAUAUAUAACAGCUAAUGGCUACGGUGGAGCUAUGAUGUGGACCGUCGACCUAGACGACUUUCAAAAUCGUUGCUGUUCGGAGUCGUACCCUCUGUUGAAAGCGAUUAAUCGUGCGCUAGGCCGCUUGUCGACGUCCGUCUCGGAAAACUGUCAACGUCCACCUCAACCUGUGACACCACAAGCACCAACACUGACCACUCACAGCGACGCUCUGGACGGUGCUCCACGUCCUACAACGCCGAUGACGACGACCAGCACCAAAGCUACCACGUGGCCUACGUGGACCGAGAAACCGAGCACCACAACGACCACAACUAUGUGGCCUUCGUGGACCUGGAGCAGCCAGAAACCAUCCAGCGAGACCCUGGAUGAAACGACGAAGCCCAGUUGGACGCAAAAACCGAGUACGUCUAGGAGCACCACAACGACCCAGCAGACGACCAGUUCUACGUGGCCUUCGUGGACCUGGAGCACUGAGGAAUUAUCUAGCAAGAUCCCGGAGGAGACAACGAAGCCCAGUUGGACGCAAAAACCGAGUACGGCCAGUAGCACCACGACGACCCAACAAACAACCAAAACUACUACACAGCCUACAAGCACCACGACGGAAGAAUCGAUCCUCACUACUUCAGGAACGAACUGCACCAGCGGCGAAUACUACAGCGAUCCCACUAGCUGCAGCAAUUAUUACAGAUGCGAUCGCGGCGAGUUGAAGCGCGAGCAAUGCGCGCCAGGAUUGCACUGGGACGCGAAACGACAUCUCUGUGAUUGGCCAUCGGCAGCGAAAUGUCAAACAGAAACUGGUACGACGUAUACCUCGACGACAAGUCGACGUCCCUACGUGAGUUCGACCAGAAGACCGCCUUCUUUCGCACCUACAAGAUUCACCACGUCGAAGAAGCCUAUUGUCGUCGUGACGUCGACGCAAAAACCAGCGAAACCAUGUCAACACGGGGAAUAUUAUCCUCAUCCGAAUUCGUGCACGAGUUUCCUGAUCUGCGUGAACGGCGAACUCGUUGCACGACAAUGUGGCCCGGGUUUAAACUGGAACAUUAAGAAAAAUAUGUGCGAUUGGGCCCUCAACGACCCGUGUGUCGAUUCACCCCCCAGAUCCGCUCAACUUGUGGGAAAUGACACUGACACCUGCAUCUCCGGUAGCUACAGUAGCAUACCGGGUGACUGCAACAGAUACCAGGCGUGUCUUUGGGGUCGUCCGGAAGUGUUCAGCUGCGCUCCGGGUCUACACUUUAACCCGGAGAUUCGCAUCUGCGACUGGCCGGCCCGGGCCAAGUGUAUGAACGAUCAGGACAAAGAAGUCACGACGAUAUCGACCACGAAUUCACCUGGUGAAGCAAUGAUUACCCAUCGGCCAUCAGUCACGCAACCGAUCACGGAACAGACCCCGGUUACGUCGUCCCCAGGAAGUAACCAGCCUACCUCGACUCUGCCCUCCGCGAUCGUAGACCCCGACAAGGUGUCCCCGCUGUCCGGCGACUUCAAGGUCGUGUGUUACUUCACCAACUGGUCCUGGUACCGUCGCGGAAUCGGCCGCUACCUACCGGAGCACAUCGAUCACACGCUGUGCACCCACAUCGUCUACGGUUUCGCGGUGCUGGAUUACUCCGAGCUGGUGAUCAAGGCGCACGACUCCUGGGCGGAUUACGAUAAUCGUUUCUACGAGCGGGUGGUGGCGUACAAGAAACGGGGCCUGAAAGUGCUUCUCGCGUUAGGUGGCUGGAACGAUUCCGCCGGGGACAAGUACAGUCGAUUGGUGCACAGUUCGUCUGCCAGAAGCAAGUUCAUCGAUCACGCUAUUCAAUUCAUCGAGAAAUACGGCUUCGACGGAUUGGACUUGGAUUGGGAGUACCCGGUUUGCUGGCAGGUGGAGUGCAAGAAGGGCCCGGAUUCGGACAAAGAGAAAUUCGCGGCUCUCUUACAGGAAUUGAGCGCAAGGUUCAAACCGAAGGGACUGCUGCUUUCGGCAGCAGUCUCCCCGAGCAAGAAGGUAAUCGACAAGGGCUACGACGUACCUGCCCUGGCCAAAUACCUAGACUGGAUCGCCGUGAUGGCAUACGACUACCAUGGACAAUGGGACAAGAAGACCGGUCACGUGGCGCCUAUGUAUCAUCACCCGGACGACGACUACGAUUACUUCAACGCCAACUAUACCAUCAACUACUGGAUCUCGAAGGGCGCGCCAUCCAGGAGUCUCGUCCUGGGUAUGCCGUUGUACGGGCAAUCCUUCACGAUCAACGACCCUAAAGCGGGAACCGGGCUGAAUUCCCCGGCCAGUGCCGGAAACGCCGGCGAGUUUACCAGAGCCGCUGGUUUCCUGUCCUACUACGAGAUCUGCGAUCGCGUGCGCAAUCGUGGCUGGACGUUGGUGCAGGAUCCGGAGCGCAGGAUGGGUCCGUAUGCUUAUAAGGGUAGCCAGUGGGUCGGCUUCGACGACCCAGAAAUGAUUCGGCGAAAGGCGCAGUUCGUCCGCGACAUGGAUCUGGGUGGCGGGAUGGUUUGGGCCCUGGAUCUAGACGACUUUCGUGGACGAUGCGGCGACGGGCCUCAUCCGUUAAUGCACAUGAUCCAGCAAGUGUUGGCGAAACCGCGGAGUCCUCAAGUGUGGCUCGAUAAUCAGAAGCCGACGACGAUUACGACAACGACGACGACGACGACCACGGAAAUAACACGACCGAUUAUGGUGGAUCGUUGGAAUCCCACAAACGAGUACAAAGUCAUCUGCUACUUCUGCAACUGGGCCUGGUAUCGGCAGGAGGGUGGCAGAUUCGUACCGGAAGACAUAGAUCCCGAUCUCUGCACCCACGUGCUUUACGGAUUCGUCGUUCUCGACGGAUCCAGCUUGACGAUUAAGUCCCACGAUCCUUGGGCCGACAUAGACAACAAGUUCUACGAGAAGAUAGCGGAGUUUAAGUCGAAGGGUCUGAAGGUGCUGAUGGCGCUGGGUGGCUGGAACGAUUCGGCCGGGGAUAAAUACAGCAGACUCGCGAACUCACCCGCCGCCAGGCAGAGGUUCGUCGCCCAAGCCUUGCAGUUUAUCGAGAAGUACGGUUUCGAGGGUCUGGACCUCGAUUGGGAGUAUCCGGUCUGCUGGCAAGUGGACUGCAACAAAGGCCCGGAGUCCGACAAGGAAGGUUUCAGCCAGCUGGUGAAGGAACUGAGCGACGAGUUCAAGCCGAGAGGGUUGCUCCUCUCGGCGGCAGUCUCGCCGAGCAAGAGAGUCAUCGACGCCGGAUACGACGUUCCCGUUCUGUCGAAAUACCUGGACUGGAUAUCCGUCAUGACCUACGAUUUUCAUGGACAGUGGGAUAAGAAGACCGGUCACGUGGCGCCGUUGUAUGGUCUUCCCAACGAUUGGGAACCGACGUUCAACGCCAAUUAUUCGAUCCAUUAUUGGAUGGAGAAAGGCGCGGACCCGCAAAAGUUGAUCAUGGGCGCCCCGUUGUACGGACAAUCGUUUUCACUGGCUGAAAGGAAUGUGCAUGGAUUAGAUGCACCAACUUAUGGCGGUGGCGAAGCUGGAGAGGCGACCAGAGCAAGGGGCUUCUUGUCAUAUUACGAGAUUUGCGAAAGAACACUGAAAAAAGGAUGGACGGUUGUUCAAGACAAAGAGAGAAGAAUCGGUCCUUACGCCUAUAAAGGUGAUCAAUGGGUGAGCUUCGACGACGCUCAACAAAUUAAACUAAAGGCAGAAUUAAUUAAGAAACUUGGUCUCGCCGGCGGGAUGGUCUGGGCCUUAGAUCUGGACGAUUUUAAGAACAGAUGCGGCUGCGAGCCUAGUCCACUAUUAAGAACCAUGAAUCGAGUACUGAGAAAUUAUCCGGAGGGCCCGCUGUGCCCUGUCACGGGAGAUGCCAUCAUCACCGAUGUUGAUGUCGGCAUCCAGUCUACAACUGUUUCUGAACAUCCGACAUACGAAUCUACAACAUCACCGAAACCAACGUAUACACCAUCAUCAACAACAACAACGUCAACGACGACGAUCGAAUCGGAAACGGACGACUCUGUUGAGAUCGAAGCGAGUCCUUUACCGCCGAUUGACUGCGGAGGACUUUUGUUCCUACCUCACAAGAGCGAUUGCACCAAGUAUUACCUGUGUAACUUCGGCAAGAUCUCGGAACAGACCUGUCCAACCGGACUCUACUGGAAUGAAAACCGAUGCGACUGGCCGGAGAAUACCAAAUGCACCCAGAAUGCUCAACGUCAGAUCAGCGUAUCGCCGAGACUGAUCGAGAACGCGAGUAAUAAGAAGGUGGUUUGCUACUACACUUCUUGGGGUUCGAGGCGGACGAGUUUCGGCAAAUUCUCGCCGGAGGACAUCGACGGAGAAUUAUGCACGCAUAUAAUCUAUGCGUUCGCUACCUUGAAGAUCCGGGAGUCGGAAAAUGAAGGCGACGCGCCGGUAUUUACAAUGAAAAUCGAGGCUUCCGAUCCUAACGUCUACAAACAGUUCCUUAAUAAAGCGUCUGAAAUCAGAAAGAGACACGGAGUUAAAAUCUUACUCGCUUUGGGGGGAUGGAACGACUCGAAGGGCGACAAGUACAGCAGGUUGGCAGAUUCGCCAUCAAUUGGACAAUUUGCUCAACAUGCCGCGCAAUUUGUUCAGAAGCACGGUUUCGAUGGUCUAGAACUCAGCUGGGAAUUCCCAGUAUGCUGGCAGGCUGACUGUAAUCGCGGUCCUCAACGCGACAGUUCCAAUUUUCACCGGCUGCUUCGCAAAAUCAACGAGACCUUCAGAUCCAAAGGACUCUUGUUAUCCAUCGCGGUUUCAGCUAGCAAGGUUGUUAUCGAUAACGCCUAUAUCGAGAUCCCGUCCUUGGUACAAUACGUCGAUUGGAUCGGUUUAAUGACAUACGAUUAUCAUAACGCCUGGGGACGCGAAACCGGUCAUGUAGCACCGCUCUAUCAUCAUCCUAGCGAUCAUACGAUAUUCCUGAACGUAAACUUUUCUGUGAGAUACUGGCUGGACAAAGGCGUGCCAGCCAGGAAGAUCGUCAUGGGUAUACCUGCUUACGGAUCGAGUUUUACCCUGUCUGAGACAUCGCGAAACUAUACUACUUCGCCACCACCAGGCUUCCACGCGGAAAUCUCCGGACCUGGAAAACCUGGCAAAUUCACCAAAUCGGCUGGUUUUCUAGCUUAUUACGAGAUAUGCGAUAACGUGAGAAAUGAUGGUUGGUUCGUGACGAAAGAUCCGGAAGGACGUAUGGGACCUUAUGCGUCGAAACGUGAUCAAUGGGUCAGUUAUGAUGAUGUAUCUGAUAUAGCAAGAAAGGCCAAGCUGAUAAAGGAGCUAAAUCUCGGCGGCGGAAUGAUUUGGUCCAUCGACCUAGAUGACUUCAAGGACUUAUGUGGCUGCGGAAAGUAUCCGUUGUUGACGACCUUGAAUCGUCAACUCGGAAGAAGGCAGCCAAGUCACGCAACCGAUUGCACUUGAGCUGCACAUCAUUGAUAACGCUGCAUAUCAAAGAACGCGAACUUUAUCGCGGUCGUCCAUGAGCUUGACCCUUUAUUUGGUAUAAUGUCGUGUAAAUUUUUUCAUCUACUUUGCGUAUCACGAAUUCUAAUCAAAAUAUUUACUGUCAUAAAAGUACAAACGCUGUGGCUUCAGCAACUUUUUUUUCAAUUUAAAAAGUGACGUAGAUCAGCUGAUCUUAUUAAUACUUCGCGUGAUACUUGUGAUAAUCACGAAUUUUUCUCGGAAUACUAUGUCGAAUAAAGGGUUAAUUAAAUACAACGUCAUUAAGUGACACUAAGUAAGAGUUGCUCAAUACAAAAUCAUCGUUCAUCGCGGUCAAACAUCUGAAAUAUUUGACAAUAAAGAAAAAUCAUUUCGAGUGUUGUCUAACUACUGAGCAUUGUAAAAGUGAUAUAUAUAUUAAUAUUAGACAUUCAUUCUUACGUGUCAUUUUAUUUUCUAUUUAGGAGAAAAUGACAAAAUUGAUUCAGCUACUA